CGCGGCGGCAGAGCAGGAUGGAGAUCCCGGUGCCUGUACAGCAGUCUUGGCUGCGCCGAGCCUCGGCCCCGUUGCCCGGAUUUUCGCCGCCCGGACGCCUUUUUGACCAGCGCUUUGGCGAGGGGCUGCUAGAGGCGGAGUUGGCUGCGCUCUGUCCCACCACACUCGCCCCUUACUACCUGCGAGCACCCAGCGUGGCGCUGCCGGUCGCCCAGGUGCCAACGGACCCGGGUCAUUUCUCAGUGCUGCUGGACGUGAAGCACUUCUCCCCGGAGGAAAUAGCUGUCAAGGUGGUUGGCGAACAUGUGGAAGUGCACGCGCGCCACGAAGAGCGCCCGGAUGAGCACGGAUUCAUCGCGCGAGAGUUCCACCGCCGCUACCGCUUGCCGCCUGGAGUGGAUCCCGCUGCUGUAACCUCUGCGCUGUCCCCUGAGGGCAUCCUGUCCAUCCAGGCCGCACCAGCGUCUGGUCAGGCCCCACAGCCUGCCACCAAGUAGGGGUCUGGGAUGUCUGGACCCUGGGAGUCGCUUCAGGCUCCUUCUUUUAAAGCCGAUCUGACUCCGCCCAGCCAGAUGCACCCUGACACCUCCCUCCCACACAAUCCAGGAUCAGGCCCUGACACCUCCCUAGCUUCCAGACACUACGAGCACUACCCUAACCUUCAGCCUGCCGACCCUACUUUCUUGGCAUAUGUCCCCCACUCAAGACUCCUUCCUUUACUUCAUUCUGGCUUCUCUACGAAGAUAUCCCCCCACAGUUUCUAUCCCUCCCCGAUUUUGAUACCAGAUUAUAGUGUCAACAGCCCAGCUCACCCUAGGCCAGUCAGGCAUCACCUCUCCUACCCCUCAUGUCCUGGACUGCACGACCUCCACUACAGACCAUCCAAGACUCUGGGUCCCUCCCCUGCAACUAGAUAAUCCACUUCCAAGCUCUUUCCUGACUUGAAACCACAGCCAGCCACCCAACUCUUGAACCCUUUUCUAAACCUCCACCCUUGGACACCUAUCCCAGACCAACCAGAACCCCAACCUCAAAUUAUAGAUACCCUCCCAGCACCACCCCUACCCCAACUCUGCACAGAUGUCCUAGGCCUCCUCCCAACUCAAAGCAGAAUCCUCCAGUUCCUUUGUCCUAAGUCUCCAACCAGAUAUCUUUGGCAAACCACCUUCCACACUCUUAACUUUUUUUCCUCUCUGAAUUCUCUGCUCCCUCAUCCCCCCACUCUUUGCUAGGCUUACUCCUCCAAUAAAUGUGCUAGAACUGUG